UUGCUGGGAAUCAGGGGGGAAGUCCUGUACACUGUUUUUCCCGCUGGUGGAUGUAGUCUGCAGCUUUCUGUCCCGGUAUCAGAACUCUCAGAUAAGUUACUGCUUCAGGAUGGCACUCCCAGGCAGGGUACACCCCUUUGUCAUUCCAGAAAACGAAGAAAUCCCACAGACUGUAAUUAACGAUGUCCACGAUGCUGAUGAGAAUGAAGGCGAGAAGGCUGUGUCCAAACUGCAGCGUAGGCAAAGUGACAUAAAAGUCUACAAGGAAUUCUGUGACUUUUAUGCAAGAUUCAAUAUGGCGAAUGCCCUGGCUAAUGCCCUAUGUGAACGCUGCAAAGGAGGCUUUGCACCUGCCGAGAAGAUUGUGAACAGCAAUGGCGAGCUGUACCACGAGCAGUGUUUCGUCUGCGCCCAGUGCUUCCAGCAGUUCCCUGAAGGCCUAUUCUAUGAGUUUGAAGGAAGGAAGUACUGUGAACAUGAUUUUCAGAUGCUUUUUGCCCCAUGCUGUCACCAGUGUGGUGAAUUUAUCAUUGGUCGAGUUAUUAAAGCCAUGAACAACAGCUGGCACCCUGGAUGCUUCUGCUGUGAUCUCUGCCAACAAGUCCUAGCAGACAUCGGGUUUGUCAAGAAUGCUGGGAGACAUCUUUGUCGUCCUUGUCAUAAUCGUGAGAAAGCCAGGGGCCUUGGGAAGUAUAUUUGCCAAAAGUGCCAUGCCAUCAUUGAUGAGCAGCCUCUUAUAUUCAAGAAUGACCCUUACCAUCCGGAUCAUUUCAACUGUGCCAACUGCGGGAAAGAAUUGACUGCUGAUGCUCGUGAAUUGAAAGGAGAACUGUAUUGCUUGCCAUGUCAUGACAAAAUGGGGGUCCCCAUUUGUGGGGCCUGUAGACGGCCUAUUGAAGGACGUGUUGUAAAUGCUAUGGGCAAGCAGUGGCAUGUGGAGCAUUUUGUCUGUGCCAAGUGUGAGAAGCCAUUUCUUGGUCAUCGUCAUUAUGAAAGGAAGGGUCUGGCAUAUUGUGAAACUCACUACAAUCAGCUAUUUGGCGAUGUUUGUUUCCACUGUAACCGUGUCAUCGAAGGGGAUGUUGUUUCAGCCCUGAAUAAGGCCUGGUGUGUGAACUGUUUUGCCUGUUCUACUUGCAACACUAAGUUAACUCUCAAGAAUAAAUUUGUGGAGUUUGACAUGAAGCCUGUCUGUAAGAAAUGCUACGAGAAGUUUCCAUUAGAACUGAAGAAAAGACUUAAGAAAUUGGCUGAAACCUUGGGGAGGAAAUAAUUACUUUUUGUUUGUUUGUUUUUAAUUUCUUCCUUCAUAUGCAAAGAUUAGGAAAUGUUACCCAUGUUACUUGAUUUCAUUUAUCCUCCUAUAAGGUUUUAUCCUGUAAAAGUGAGGAUUUAAAAGCUUCUGUACACAAAUAGCUUCACAAUGUUGUUAUAUUGUCCUUCUUUCCCUUGAAGAACCGUAACUUUUGUAUGGCCAUAUUUAGGACACAGCUGAAAUUCUCUUAUUUGCCUUCUCAACACAAACUCAUUUGUAGAUAGACUGUACUUGCACAGCAAGUUUCAUAUGAUUAAAUUUAAAUUAAUUCAGGCAAAAAAACCCCCUAACUUAUUUUUAUGAAAGUCUUAGUUUUUGGAUGAUUCACUUACCAAAUCUUGGAAUAAUUUUGAAUCAGAGUCAAGAGAAAAUUACUGCCAUUGAGCAAAAAUUAACAAGCAAAUCUUAAACUUUUUUUGUGCAUCAGAUUAAAGAUCUUGACUUUCGGGUUACUAAGACAGGAAACAAAUUUAUUCAGAAUUACUUGAAUUUUGCUAUUUUUCUGUUAAAUGCAAUAAUUAUCCUGCAUGGUUUUGUAUUUUACUCUUAUUCUUUAUGAAUCUUAGUCCUUCAUUCAGAUAUAUAACAUACUAGUUAGUAUAUCUAGCAAAUAUGUAUUCAUUUUUUUAAAUUUCUUUUUUUUUUUGUGCAGAGAAUUUAUACCAGGUAUUUGAAAAUACAUUAUACUUUAACUAUAUUGGACAUAUGAAGUAUUUUUUAAUGUAUUAAAGCAAGUAUUCUUAUUGUGCUUCUAGGCUUAAUGUCAAAGCUAUAGUCUUAGAAUAGGACGUAAAACUCAAUUUUAUGUAAUCUUGGAAUGUUGACACUUAAAAACAGUGAAUGUAUUUAUCUGUAUUGGUCAGACUUCUUUUAGUAUUCUCUCUAAUAGCUAUGCUUUAUAUACAAUCAAACACACUUUGCCUUAGAAAAUUGCAUCUUUUAAUCACAAAUUCUUGCUGCUUGGUACAAUACCAAAUAAAAAAAAAGUGAAUUUAAUUAGACUAGUAAACCCAAAUUCCUUUACCAUAGCCUUAAAUAUGUGGGUUUUUUUUUAAUAUGUUGCCAGCUAAAGCUCAUGGAAUUUACUAUGUGUUGUCUUUCAGAAAGUGAGAGAUGUACAUAUUAUGCUUCAGAAUUUCUAUUUCAGUUUCACUAUCCAGUUAGAUUCUUUUUUUUUUAACAGAAAGGAGGUAGAAGUGACCUUAGAUUGGUCAGAAGCAUUUUUGAAAAGGGGAAUUUUAGCCCCAAAAUAAAAGAUACCCAACAGUUUCUCAACCUAACUUUCCAUAUGGAUUUGUUACAUAAUAAAAAUGCGGUUCUGGAACCUUUUUUAAAAAAUACUGCUAUUUUUGUCAUCAGGAUCAGUCCAAGAUAAAGUGCUCAAAAUGAAUUCUAGUGGAAAAAAAUAUCAGUUUGCCAGAAGGUCGUCGGAAAUUUUUUUUUACGAUUUUUCCAUCUUUUGAAUCAAUUGACUGGGAAGUACUAGGCUGCCCUUGAAUACUUUGAAUUAAGUACUUGUUUCCCAGAUAACUUUCACCAAGGUAAAUUUUGGUAAUGAUUUCAAACUUGCUGUAGCAAAUUACAUGAGUUUUUGUUUUCAGUGUUUUAACAUUAUAGUAGCCCAAAGAAGUCAGCCUCAUGUAAAACAUAGAAUCUAUAUGUAGUUUAAAGUUAAAUGUAUUCCUUCAACUAAUAUGCAUUGGGUUCCUGUUAUUUGCAAGUUGUAGGGUCUACAGAUGCAAAAAAUAAUUUUUUGCAAUCAAACCUUAGAUUACUGUUCCUCAAAACUGUGCCUUUAUCAUCUCAGAUAUGACCAGCAACAUAAGACCUAGGAAGAACUUUUUUCAGUACCAGUCAAAAAGUUGUGUAGAAUUUUCAAAAUUACUCUGGAUAUUAAAAAGAUCAACACAAAUCUUGAGAAGUCUUUGGCAGAGGAGAAACACAGAAAAAAAAAGUAUCAUUGCAUGGGCCUAAUCAGGACAUACUUAAUACAUAAGUAGGCACAGUAGGUUUUUGCCUACUAGUAUAUCCCAAUAACUGAUAUUUUAUUGUUAACAAUUCAUUUCUUUGUAUUGAGCAUUAAUGUCCCCACCAGUCCUCAUUUAAAAUGCAGAUUACUUGAGAGGGCUAAUAUCUCUUAAUUCUGUAAUGUAUAUUUGCUUAUCACAUGCUAGGUCCUUCAUGGAGGAAAGUAUUAGAGCCACUGGCAGUGUGAGGGGAAGAGACUUUCAGGGAAGGGAGAAAGUUCUUAGGGAGGGAAAUGCCAAAGACAAGCUGCCUACUUGACAACUUAUGUCCAUAGGACUUGUUCUAACGACAAGAAUUCUUUUCAGGUUAGUAAGGCGCUAGCUAAGAUUUACAGUUUGUAGGACACCAUAGUAGUAGUCUGUUCUACAUCUUUGUCUUAAGUUUUAAAGUCCUCUGGGUGAGAAAUUAAAUGUUAUGAAAUAAACCAAGGCCCUUACUUACACAUGAGUAGGUGCAAUUUCUCUUAGAAAUAAGCCAAAUAUAUGUAGGGGGAACAUGUUAAGGUAAAAGGAAAAUUGACUGUUAACACUAUAUUUGAAAUAAGACAUUAUGUUGCCUUACCUAUUUGCUAAAAUAGCUCUUUCCAAGUGAAAGAAAUUAUAAAACAGGCUAAUAAUACACCUAAAUAUGUGACUUCUUUUAGAUUGUAAGCCUGAUGGCAGGGACACUAAAUUAACAUUUUAAUGUCUUAUCUAGCAGUAUACCCUUGGUGCUUAAUAAAUGUUUAUAAUAAUUAGCAA